AUGCGGGUCACACUCUUGACCGCGAGGUGGUCGCACCGCCGACUGACAUGGCUAAUUCUUCUGGGCGUCCUCCUCUCGCAUCUGGUCCUCACAUUGGCGUCUAUCACACCAGCAGUGUACGAAACGGACGAAUACAUCCGACUUCAACCUGAACUCUCUAUUCACACCUCCAAACUCACCACUCGCACCAUCCUUGCCUACAUAACUCCAUGGAAUCCGCACGGCAUGUCAAUGGUGGAUCAGUUUGCUGAGAAACUCGACCUCGUCUCGCCAGUAUGGUACACCGUUCUGGUUUCACGAGACUCUGUUUCGAGUGGCAGAGAUAACGCGACGUACGUGCUGAGUGGCGGACCGCCAUCCAAGAAGGAGGAAUCAUGGCUGAAGGACAAGCAGAAGCCGGGAUCAAGGUUGAAAUUCGUCCCAAGGUUCUACCUCGAUGGAUGGGAGCAGAAAGACUACGCUGAUCUGUUGUCCAAUCAGGAAAAUUGGCAAAGACUUGCCCAAGUCGUUACCGGCGAAGUGCAGAAAAGAGGCUACGACGGUGUCGUGUUCGAAUCCGCUGCAACGCAUCUACUCUUCGAACCCAUCUCCACCCUCGGCUCUUCACUCAAGAAGCUUUCGCCGGACAAAUCGCUAAUUGUGGUCCUGCCACCUCUGCGAACUCGCUAUUCGAUGGGAACCAAGCUCGACAGGAUGCAAGAAAGCCAGAACCGCAUGAUCGUCCAAUCCAUACCUCAGCUGGCGGAAGUGGUGGAUUACUUUUCGAUCAUGACCUACGAUAUGUCCGGAGCGGGAGGCAGAAGUAGUGCGAUGGAGGGGAAGGAUUUUCCCAACGACAGUCCGUUGAGAAACGCGAAGAAGGGCAGUCUGAGAGAGGCCGGACCGAACACGAGUGCAAAGUGGAUCGCGGAGAAUGUCGAUAUGAUUGUCGAAGCGACAAGGGCUGCGUCGCAUGUAAAGGCGCAGAAGCGCAGGAAGCAGAGGCAAGCGGAUGCAAAGGCAGAAGAUGAAGCGAUCAUGCGGGAGGCUCACGUCGAGGAUGAUGAGAUGCAACGGUUCAAGGAUCCCAGUAACCCGCUCCGGUACGAUGACUUUGCAGCGGAUGAAGUGCUGGAUGAAGCCUCGGUCGAGUCCGACGCAGCAGCAUCGGAACGAGUGCCGAAGCAGCAAGAGACGGUAGAAGCCGAGACACAAUCAGACCCACUCCUACUAAUCCGAGGUAAACUGCUCAUGGGAAUGCCAAUGUACGGCUAUCGCUAUCCGCUGUUCUGGAUCGAUAAGUCGACAGGUCAAGGCAUCGGUGUCGCUCCGCCUUCCAACCCAGAUGAAGCCAAAGAGCUCUUCUCGCGCACCUCGUCUUCCUCCUUACUGCCAUUGCUACGCGGACCAGCCGAAGCGGUAACAAUAGACGCAAUCAUAACCAUCCUCACCGAUCACGACGGCGUCAUCCUUGAUGCCAAAGACACUGGUGAAGGCUGGUUCGACUACGUAGAAACUGUGACCAGAGAAUCAGCCAAGGGAAAAGGUGCCCAUGGCGUGAGACCAGGCGACCAGAUCUACUGGCGGCUGUACCUACCACUUCCCACGACAACCAAGACAAGGUUGGAGGCACUGCAGGGUGGGAAUGAUGAGGUUAGGGCAGGCGUAUCGCUGUGGGAAUUAGGUCAGGCGAAUGCGCUGUUGCUGCACGCGUUCUAG